UUCCCAAAAAGAAAGGAUCAACACCACUGAUACAGUAUAAAAGAGCCCACCAUAACUCACCUAAAUCAAAGAUCAAACCACACAAACGUAGCCGCACUCGGGCGAGAUCGAAGCAGUCCACGGUAAGAGAGUAAGUGAGUGAGUUCAGUCAACCUAGCGAUUGAGUUAAUGGCGAUCCCAAUACCAUCUCGUCAGCUAUUCAUCGAUGGCGAAUGGAGAGAACCUGUCAAGAAGAAUCGUAUCCCCAUCAUCAACCCCGCCACCGAACAGAUCAUUGGGGAUAUUCCGGCAGCUACUGCUGAGGAUGUGGAAAUUGCUGUGGAAGCCGCUCAGAAAGCCUUUUCACGGAAUGGAGGCCGAGACUGGUCAUCAGCCACUGGGGCAUAUCGCGCAAAGUAUUUACGUGCUAUUGCUGCUAAGAUAACAGAGAGAAAAGCUGUACUCGCAAAACUUGAAGCAAUUGAUUGUGGAAAACCAUUGGAGGAAGCAGCUUGGGAUAUAGAUGAUGUAGCUGGAUGUUUUGAGUACAAUGCAGAUCUUGCUGAAGCUUUGGAUUCAAAGCAAAAUGUCCCAAUUUCUCUUCCGACGGAGACAUUCAAAAGUCGUGUUCUCAGGGAACCCAUUGGGGUUGUUGGGUUGAUUACUCCAUGGAAUUACCCUAUGUUGAUGGCUACAUGGAAAGUUGCUCCUGCCCUGGCUGCUGGUUGUACAGCAAUUCUGAAACCAUCUGAAUUGGCAUCUGUUACCUGUUUGGAGUUGGCUGAAGUGUGUAAAGAGGUGGGUCUUCCUCCAGGUGUCCUUAAUAUUUUGACCGGAUUGGGGCCUGAAGCUGGUGCUCCUUUGGCAUCUCAUCCCCAUGUUGACAAGAUUGCAUUUACUGGAAGUUCUGCCACAGGGAGCAAGAUCAUGACUGCUGCAGCUCAAGUCCUCAAACCAGUGACACUUGAGCUUGGUGGAAAAAGUCCGAUAGUUGUGUUUGAGGAUUUUGAUCUUGAUAAGGCUGCUGAGUGGGUUCUUUUUGGUUGCUUUUGGACGAAUGGUCAAAUUUGCAGUGCAACAUCUCGUCUUUUAGUGCAUGAGAGCAUUGCUGCUGAACUUUUGGACAGGCUUGUGAAAUGGUGCAAAAAUAUUAAAAUUUCAGACCCCUUAGAGGAAGGUUGCAGGCUUGGCCCUGUUGUUAGUGGCGGGCAGUAUAACAAAAUAAUGAACUUUAUCUCAACAGCCAAGAGUGAAGGGGCAACCAUUUUGAGUGGUGGGGCACAUCCCCAGCAUUUAAAGAAAGGAUUCUAUAUCGAACCAACCAUUAUAACUGAUGUAACUACUUCCAUGCAAAUUUGGAGAGAGGAAGUUUUUGGACCUGUUCUGUGUGUAAAGACAUUUUCAACUGAAGAUGAAGCCAUUGAACUAGCAAAUGACACCCAUUAUGGCUUGGGCGCUGCUGUACUAUCGGAAGAUCUGAGACGUUGUGAGCGCAUGACUAAGGCUUUUCAGGCAGGGAUUGUGUGGGUCAACUGCUCACAGCCGUGCUUCUGUCAAGCUCCAUGGGGAGGCAAAAAGCGUAGUGGUUUUGGGCGUGAACUUGGGGAGUGGGGACUCGACACCUAUUUGCAUGUGAAGCAGGUGACACAGUAUGUUUCUGAUGAACCCUGGGGGUGGUAUAAUUCUCCUUCUAAGCUGUGAAAGCUUCUCCUCAGGUUUACAGGAAAUAAGGCUUGAGGGCUUAAAACCAUGUCUCUACCCUCCUGUAUUUUAUGUUUUGUGUUAACUUUUUAAUUACUGUAAUGUGCCUACUCACACAGGAGACAAUACAAAGUCUAUCACGGAUCUUUGAACAAUAUCAGCUUCGAGAGUUGUACUUCGUGGAUUUCAUAUUUGGUAAAAAAUUAGCUUUUAUCAAAUUAUUCGUGUCAGAUUUGGGAUUGGAUUUUGACUUUUAGCUGAUUUGGAUAUGAACGGAUGUCAACUGUGAAAAUAAAAUCUGUU